AUGGCUGAAUUGGACUACGUUGCCAUACUUGAUGCAUAUAAAGGACUGUCAAUUUGUUUCAUUAUUUCCAUUACCCUUUCAAACUGUGUUCUCAUUUUCAAGACUAUUCAAAAGGGUAGAUUUAUCUACAUUCCUAGAAGUCUCAUUCUGAUAUCCUUGGCAAUUGGAGACAUUUUUUUGGCCCUAUUUGGGUUGGUCGUCUUAGCAAGAACAUUCUUUGAGGGAUUAUCUGUUGUCUCUGACUUUGCUUGCAGCACACAACAAGCCUUAAGGUCGUAUGUAUACUUCCUGAUACACUUUGUAUACGGCGUGGGACUAAUAGUGCUGGCACUAGAAUUCGUGCAAAGAAACCGAACACCUCAGCCAAACGAGAACGCAGCAAGCAGCAUUGUCAAGUCCAUAGUCUACAGCGCAUUUCCUUGGAUCAGUGGGUUAGUGAUCAUACUCCCUCUCACUAUUGCUAAUGCGUAUAUUUACGGAUACAAAAAUGGAAUCGACGUGUGUGCAAUGUUUGUUUCACUGUCGAGACUCAAUGCCAUGUACGUCGUGUCAGUGAUCCUCCCUGCUAUCGUGUCUGUUGGGGUGUGCGGUGCGGUUAUGUGUGUCAAAUUAUCUCCAGCGUCCUACUCCUCAUCUCCAGCAGUGGUCACUUACCAAGUCCCUCCACACACUGUGGUAGCAACCUCCCACCACACCAUCAACGUCGUCAAUGCUGCAGGACCGCCUCAGUAUCCAGGAGGUCUCCAGACGUAUCCUAUCAACAGCACUCAAGGCCAACAAAUGCAUUCCGUCAAUGGUGAAUCCGGAACAUCCCAACCCCAAGUAGCAAUAAGUAAUGACAAACCUGGGAACAAUAACAACCAGCAGAUUUUUACGACACCCAACGUACAAUACCCGGCGCAACAGUACCCAAUGCAGCAGUACCCAGUACAGCAAUACCCAGGGCAACAAUACCCAAUACAACAGUACCCAGUACAGCAGCAGUACCCAACACCACAAUACUCAGUGCAGUAUCCACCACCACAGUUCCCUGUACAACAACAGUACACUGCAUACACAGCACAGCCUAACGUUGUCUACGCUCCACCAGCCCAGAUAGUUCACCAGCAGAACACAACAGUUCCUCUUGAUCCAGCCAAAGAAAGGAAAAUCUUUCUCAUAAUUGCACUUAUUUUUUUUAUCUGCGUUGUCCCAUAUGCCUCCUUUGCAAUUGGAGUUCAGUCCGAUACAACAAAUAUACUAGGUGAUUUUGAUUCCUACAUGGUUGCCCAACUUUGUUUGUUCUGGCUGUCAGUCAGCAGAUCUUUAGUAACACCAAUAAUUUUUAUUAUCGCUAAGUGA